AUGGAUCUGGUGUCUCGAUAUAGACGCCUUGUUCCAGGCCACAAACGUCACGCCAAGAUUCAGAUGACCGAGAAGAAGUGGCUUGCCCGAUCCAUCUUCCUUGAGAGUGUUGCCGGUGUCCCAGGCACGGUGGGCGGUAUGUUAAGGCGUAUGAGAAGCUUGGGGCCUUUGAAGAGGAUAAUGACUGCUGGCCAAGACUGGCUUAUGCAAUUACUUGUCCUCGGGGCACAAGGUGUCUUCUUCAACGGCUUCUUCCUCUCAUAUCCCAUAUCGCCACAGACCUGUCAUCGAUUCGUUGGCUACCUUGAAGAAGAGGCGGCUCUUACCUACAGCCGUGCAAUCGAGAAUCUCGAGGCGGGUAAGCUACCUCAAUGGGAGAAGUUGUUAGCUCCUGAGAUCGCCGUGUAUUGUUGGAAAAUACCGGAGGGAAACAGAACUAUGGAAGAUCUCCUACUGUAUAUCUGCGUGGAUGAAGCCAAUCAUACCCUGGGGAACCUCAACCAGGAAUUUAGAUCCCAAUUUGUACGCGGCCAAGUAUAA